UUAAAUAGAGACAAACAAACUAAACAUGUUUCUUUUAUUGAAAUUGGUAUUAAUAAUUUUAAUAAAUCUGACGCACGCGUAUAUCACACAAGAUAGCGAAAUAAUAUUGCUGCCGGCAUGGAACCCGGUAAAAGCAAAAAAGAUUCCAUUAACUCUGAAAGUUUUCGGAAAAUUCAUACAGCUCAACCUGCGUAGAAAUGAUCAGGUUGCAUCGUCUGCGUUCGAUGUAUGGGGAAAUAACGCAAGAGGUGUUGCAGAAAAAUUGUGGAAGUUGAAAGCACCGAAUAUUUGCUUCUAUCUUCACGAGAAUCAGUUCAGCUUUGCGGCCAUCAACUUUUGUCAAGAACAUGGAUUGAAAGGAAUUAUUUUUGUGGAAGACGAUAUAUUAGAGAUUCGGUCUUUGCGGAACGUGUUCACACCAUUGUUUGUCAUCGACGAUUUCUGCGUUACAAAAGAGAAGAAUCUUUCAUUCGGCAUACCUUACCUCGUUAAAAGAUCGCUGCCAUAUUUCGCCGAUUCCGAUCUUUUGCACAAUAUCAGAUUAAAACGAGGUUACAUCGAUGAAAUACAAAGAACAAAAAAAAGGGAAACACAAAAACCAAACGUGCAAGUAAAAUUUACUAUAGAAUUGGCCGUAUUCGUUGAUGUAAAUGCAUAUCGCAAAUUAAAAUCUAUUCUACACGAUGAUACAAAGAUUAACGAUAUGAUGUAUGCAUAUGUGAAUAAUAUUCAGAUUUUCUUUCAUCAUCCGACUUUGGGUAUCCCUAUUGAUAUUUCUUUGGUUCAUCUGGAUAUUUGGUCACAACAACCAUCAGGUUUCCUCGUGUUUGACAACAAUGUCGCAGUACUGCUCCCUUCGUUUUGCAAAUACGCGGAAACUCUCAAUCCUUCACAAGGUGAUCCAAAUCACUGGGAUAUUGGUCUUUACAUAACCGGAAAAACACUUUAUAGGCGUAUACGUGUGUAUCGUGGGAAGUGGGGGCGUACGUCUUACCGAAAUGAAGAAGUUUGGGGACAAACUUACUUUGAUGACGCAUGCAGCGAGCAUUAUUCAUGCGCUGUAGUUCAAUUUCUUCCAAAUGAAAUCGAAAGUUCAGGUUUAAAAUCGUCUCUUAAUGCCGUUCAUUUAAUCGGCAAUCUUUUAGGAUUGGACGAGGAUUCCGACGAGAACCAAAAAAAUGAAUACAUGAACGAUGUGUCCAUAAUGUCACGUGUUCGGCCCUAUCGAGGAAACAUAACAUGGUCAUCAAAAAGUCGUGAAAAGAUAAAAAUUCAGUUGGAAAAAAAAUCGUGUUUGCGAGAUAAUAUGAAACGGAAAAAGCUCGAUGAUAAUGACGAUGUUAAUAACGAUGACUAUGAUGAUAAUUGGUCGACAUCUGCCAUAUUUCAAGAUUCGCAAUAUUACGGUUUACCCGGAAGAGAAUGGACCGCUAAAGCACAAUGCGAAUUAUUUUUGCGCGACAAAGAUGCAAAUGUGGUCACGUUACAUGGUAUAUGUCAAAAUUUACAGUGUGAGACGCCACAGAAGAAUAAGUUUUACAUCGCCGGACGCGCGUUGAAUGGAACUUAUUGCGCACUCGGGAAAGAAUGUCGUGGCGGAAAAUGCGUGCCCAUUAUCGAACCGCCGUAUAUUUUUAAAUAUUGUGAAGUCGACAACUGGAGUGAAUGGAAGGAAGACUCUUGUAAAAGCAGUUGCUUAAGGAAAUCCAAAGGCGUACUUGUCAAACGACGUUCUUGCGAACAUAGGGCUCAUAGAACGGCAAAUUGCAUAGAACCAUAUUACGACAUGGUUAUAUGCGAUGAUUUCUUACUCUGCACUGAUGAGCGAUGGACGAUCGACGAGAUUACUACCACAAAAUGCAGAAAGUUUAACAAAUUUGCGAAAGAUGCAAAUUUGACGGGCAAACUGUCAGUAAAUCUGCCGGGGCGACAGUAUCCUCAUGAUGCCAAGGAACCGUGGAAAGCAUGUACUAUAUACUGUCGAAAGAAAAAAUCAUCUGAUUACUACGCUCCACGCCAAGAAAUGCUCAAUAUUGGUGUCGACCCGUACUUUCCCGAUGGAACGUUGUGUCACAAGAAAGAUGGCCAGGAUUAUUACUGCCGGCAGCAUCAUUGUCUGCCGGAAAAUUACUCAUUCGAAGAAUAUAAAUAAUUUGAAAAAUUAUUGACGGGAUCAAUUGACAUGAUCAAAAUGUAUAAAUGAGAAUCCAAGGAACAAAAAUUGCAAACUGCGUGACAGUUUAGAACCGUUGAUCAAUUUGUUACCAUUUGAUUUGGAGUAGAGACUUUCCACUAAAUUAUUUAUUGUUAACAUCUGUUUCACUCAUUGUCUAUUUUUUAUGUCAUCAAAACAAAUUUAUAAAUAAUUAUCUAGAUUUUUUUAUUAUUAAAAACAAAAUUUAUCGAUUACUGUUAGUAAAAACAAAAGAAGGGAAUUGUAAUUAAAGAUAUGUUCAUGACAAGGAAGUAUAAUGUAUUAAAUAUAAUGAAGGCAUUAUUAUUACAUUCGAAAGAAGUGUCGAAAUGUGAUUACGUAAAGCAGAAUAAUUAUCCGCUAUGUCAUCCAAUUCCAAAUUGCUUAAUGUUUAAUUAAUGUUCUAUUAAUUUGUAAAAAAAAUAUAAAUAUUCGAAACAAAA